AUGGUAAACUCUACAAUAUUAAGUAACACUAAACAAAUAAGAGGAUUUAGUUUCUAAUUGAAGAAACCAAAAACAUAGAAAUCAAUAUCCAUGGCUACAUAAAGAAUAAGAAGAGGUUUUUCUUUUGUAGUUGAGUAAUGGAAAAUUAGUAAAUUUUAAUCAUAGCUUUUUUCACAAAAUGAAUCACUCAUUUAAUCAUCAAUUUCAAUAGCUAGUUAGGAUGUAUCAUUAAUGAAUUCAGAAUUUAGUAUUGCUAAGAAGAUACGUGGUUUCAGUUUUGUUCGGAAUAAAAAGUAAUUAUGA